AUGAAGAGUAUUCUUGACAAUAUUGCAACAGCUUCUGGUCAGCUAGUCAACUUUAACAAAUCUUCCCUAUUCUUCAACCCAAAUGUCACAAAUACGUUGAGAACUUCCAUCUGCGAUAUCUUACAGGUUGACGGUGUGGCAAAUUCUGGAAAUUACCUUGGGCUACCCUCCCUCAUUGGCAGAAACAAAUCAGAAAUUCUUGGCUUUCUGAAGAACAGAGUCCUCAACAAGAUUAACAGUUGGAAUCAUCAAUUCCUUUCAAGAGCUGGUAAAGAAGUGCUCAUUGAAAGUGUUAUUCAGGUCCUCCCCUCAUAUGCUAUGAGUGUUUUCCAUAUUCCAAAUAACAUUGUGAGGGAUAUCGAGUGUGCCAUCAAUGCUUUUUGGUGGGGAGCCGAGUAUGGCAGUCGGAAAGGCAUACGAUGGAAGGCAUGGUCUAACAUGUGUGUACCUAAGGACUGGGGAGGUAUUGGCUUUAGUAGAUUUGACUUGUUUAAUAAUGCUCUUCUUUGUAAGCAGGCAUGGAGACUCAUUCAGCAUCCCUCCUCUCUGGUUGCGAGAGUUUGUCAAGCAAAAUAUUAUCCUGGAUCCUCAUUCUUAGAAGCAAGAGCAAGCAACAACCCUUCAUUUAUCAGGAAUAGUCUUUUGACUGCUAAGGAAGUAAUACGUAGCAACAGUCGUUGGAGGAUAGGCAAUGGUAACAGGGUCAAGAUUUGGAAAGACAAAUGGCUGCCAGACAUUUCAAAUCCAUAUAUUUCCACACCACCUUAUCCCUUUAUGCAUGAUGCAACUAUUUCUGCCCUUUUCGAUAGCCAAUCCAAAUGUUAG